AUGGCGGACGACAAAACCCCUCCAAUCCACAUGCAGGUAAUACGCUUUGCACUGGACGUCACCAAUGGUCACCAUGCUCUCUCCAAACUCAUUCCGCUCUCCCUCUUCAUAGCAGAUGCGUUGCUCUGCAGCGCGAUCAUCUGGAAGGUGCCUUACACCGAGAUCGACUGGGUCGCCUACAUGGAGCAAAUCUCCCAAAUAGUCUCCGGCGAGCGCGACUACACCAAGAUCCGGGGAGGCACCGGCCCGCUGGUAUACCCGGCCGCCCAUGUCUACAUCUACACGGGGCUGUACUACCUGACAGACCACGGGAAGGAUAUCUUUCUGGCGCAGCAGCUCUUUGGCGUGCUAUAUAUGGUGACGCUCGGGGUGGUGAUGGCGUGCUACUGGCAGGCAAGGGUUCCGCCCUAUGUCUUCCCGCUACUGAUCCUCUCAAAACGGCUCCAUAGCAUCUUUGUCCUGCGGUGCUUCAACGACUGCUUCGCGACUUUGUUCCUCUGGCUGGCCAUCUUCUUCCUGCAGCGCCGGUCUUGGCGGGCCGGGGCGUUGAUGUACACAUUAGGGCUGGGCGUCAAGAUGUCGUUAUUGCUGGUCCUGCCGGCAGUGGGGAUCGUGUUGCUCUUGGGGAGCGGCUUUGCUACGAGUCUGCGGCUUGCGGCCAUGAUGGGCUUGGUGCAAGUCUUGAUUGCCGUGCCGUUCUUGGCCAACAAUCCGUGGGGAUACCUGGGCCGCGCGUUCGAGCUGUCGAGGCAGUUCUUUUUCAAAUGGACGGUCAACUGGAGGUUUGUCGGGGAGGAGAUCUUUCUCAGCAAGGGGUUUUCGAUGGCGCUGCUGGGGCUGCACGUCGUAGUCCUCCUUGGAUUCAUCACCACUCGGUGGCUGGCGCCGGCGCACAAACCGCUGCCUCAGGUGGUCAUUCCAAUGCUGUUGGGGAGGUCGCCGUUCACGAAACAGGAGCAUCGCACGAUCUCCCAGAACGUCACACCAAGAUUUAUUAUGACGACUAUCCUAUCUGCGAACAUCAUCGGCCUCCUAUCUGCGCGUUCCCUCCACUACCAGUUCUACUCCUAUCUCGCCUGGUCGACCCCCUUUCUUCUCUGGUGCAGCGGCCUCCACCCCGUUCUUCAGUAUGCUCUGUGGGCUGUCCAAGAGUCGGCGUGGAAUGUGUACCCCAGCACAGCGAUCAGCUCUGGCGUCGUCGUCGGUGUUCUGGCCACUACGGCACUCCUUGUUUGGUGUGGUGCUCGUGAGGACUGGGAGCCGAGAAAGGUUCCGCCAAAGGAUGAAUAUGCGAGGCGGUGA